CACUGCAUCACGUGGCUGUCCUAGAUCACGUGAGUUAGCAACGGCUGCAACAGCAGAGCCGCGCGCUUUUGCAAUUGCAGGAUGGAGCUCGGUGGUGUCAGCAGCGUGUGGAUGGAGUUAAAAACCCCCAGCAGCGCGGUACAAGUUUCACAUGGAGCAGAAAAAACUUCUAAAGUGAAGAAUGUCGAGAGACCCCAAAAUGAAGAACCAAGUACUUCUGUGCAGGUUUCAAAUGGAGCGGAAAAUACUUCUAAAGGGAAGAAUGUCGAGAGAUCCCAAAAUGAAGAAUCCAGUUCUGUGCAGGUGUUACACACAGAAGAAAGAAAUAUUUCAUGUGAUAAUUCCAAAAUUGGAGAAGAUAUUAUAUCUGUUUCAGAUCCUCCUGUCAAAUGUUUUGAUGCAAAAGUCUCAUUGGAGAAAGAUAUUUCUUCUUUUGAGGAAAGUACAAAAUCUAACUUUAUCAUUCUUCAAAAGUCAAAAAACUUUGGCAAUGAAGACUUCAAGGCUUCUGGCAAUGAAAGAAUCUUGUGGAAGAGUCCGAAUGUGAAGGGAAGCAUACUCAUUUCCUUUACCGGUGUUCCGUAUCUUAUUGUUGGCAGAAAAAGUCUUCAAUGUCAUUUAGGGAGAGAUUUAAAUAGGCAUAAGAGUAAGAAAAAUUCAGGAGAAAUAAAAAAUCAGACUGAAGAUCAUUGCUUUAGAAGAAAACGGAGAAUUAUUCAGAACACAAAGAAAAUGGGAUGCACAGCUGAAAUCCACAUUAUACAUAUUCUUAGAUUUCCAGACUUUAAGGUUAUUUAGUUAUUUUUUUUAGAUUACUAUUAUAGAUUAAAGAGAACCAAUUACCAGAAUAUGGCCAACAGAAACCGACGGCAUGUGAUUUCGCUGCUGGAGUUUGGGGCACAAAACAUGUCAAUUUUGGGUCCUCUUUGAAGAAGUUCAAUUCCAUCAAAGUUAUUGUACAUAAACCCAAAAUACCCUUUUGGCAGUGCAGGGCGUGCCCUGGAAGGCCAAAAUCAGUAACAGUUAUUUCUCUAGUGGCUUAAAGGGGUUGUCCUAAAAAAAAAUUUACUGUUUGCAAACCAGCACCUGGAUCUGAACACUUCUCGAAUUGCAUAUAAUAUUAAAUUUAGUAUCCACAAUGAGUUAUUCAAUUAAAUUUAUCUGUAUAGCACCACCUGCUAACUGAGAUGGUCGCACAUGCUCAGUUUCAUCUUUCAACCGCCUCCUGAGCUGUGAUAGGGAGAGCAUGGACACGCCUCCUGAGCUGUGAUAGGGAGAGCAUGGACACGCCCCUUGGACUGUAGCCUAAACAUGCCCUUAGAGCUGUCAGCCAGAUCUAAAUCUAGCAGAGCAUGAAAGAGGAGAUCUCUGGAUCCAUGUGAGAUACAGGGCUGGUUCUAUCUUUGUUAGAAAUACAUUAUCAUGUACUAUAUGAUGUAUUUAUUUUUUAUAAUUAUGUGAUAACCCCUUUAUGGACCUGAUUGGGCCAAAAAAUAUCCGAAUUAAGAUGUGACCAACAAGAGCAUGGAUUUUUGUCAUGUAUCCAAC